GAUUUCUUUCGGCCGCAUGUUUUUGUUUGGUCAUGGGUCAAGUAGAGCAAAGCAGUUUUUCAUGUUGUUGGAGACUUGUUUUAUUUUCUCCCUUAACCAUCGACAUAAUUUUCCGUGAAUAAAAGCAUUCAUUGAGUGCAACAGACGUGUCUGUUCAAGUAUAGACGAAAGUGAAAGUAAUGUUUCUGGCUUAUAUAUUAUCGGCUGCUCUGGAAAGACGGGACAUUUACUGAAAAGGUUUCAGAAUCUUUCAGUAGCAGUUUGGAUUAGAGGUAACAAUGGAAAAAUCUCCCACUUCUAAUGUGAAGGGCAUCUUUCGCAGAUUUUCUUUAUUCAGUAAAGACGAUGGACAUAUUACAAAGAAACAAUCGCUUUGGUCACUGAAAUCAUCUUUAUCGGAGGAUAAAGACAAGAAAGACAUCGCAGAGAAAUUCGAGUUUGAGGCCAAAGAGAUUCCUCUAACGCCAUGCUCAGUUUUGCAGAUCAAAGAUUAUAUUCAAACAGACAUGCUGAAGGAGGCAUAUCUGAACCUGCUUUCCCUGCGUCUGGAGCUCAGGUUAGAACAGAGCUCUCUGGGGGAACGAGAAUGUCACUCAAAUCUGGAUAAUAAAAAGAAAGACCUUGAUCUGUUGUAUGACGCACUAAUGGACAAAAUGUCAGCCAUUGUGCGCAACUCCAGUGGUCUUCCCUCGUGCAACAAAGAGCUGCUGGUGUAUGUGUCAUGCAUUAUCCUGGAGGAAGAGAAGAAACAGGGGGAGCCAGGAGCGAUGGAGGGAUGGAGGGAAGCGUGGAAAGAGGCCGUACUGAACGGGGUUCGAGAUACACUGAAGAAUGUUCCUCUGGACAGCCGCGAGCAGAACGCUUCUUGGCUGGCAGUACAUCUGGGGCUUCUGGGUAAAGCUGUGGUGGAGGAUUUGGAGAGAGUGAAGACUGAGCUUCUGAGCUCGUAUCCAGCAGACUUCAAUGUGCUUGAAACCUAUGUGUCCUGCCACCAUGAGGCUGUAGGGGAGCAUCUAAAGAGACUUCUGCUAAACGUGACCGAGCUGAAGGAUUACUACGCUCUUCUGGAUUUUAUUAUUCAUCGCUACCCCAGUGAUCUGCGAGAACAACAGAGAGCUCUUAUAAUGGAGGAAGAUCUGAACAAAAUAAAAACCUCUUACUGUCAUUGCCAAAAGGAGGACUUUAAACUUUCACUGGAGAAAUGCAUCCUGCUUGAAACAGAAGUGUGGAAAAAGAAGAAAUCUCCUGAAAGAACGGAAGAUGGAUUCCUCACAUCAAAAAUACACGUGGACAUCUGCCAGCUGAUAGCGGGUUAUUAUGGGAAUCUUCAGAAGAUUGAUGAGAAUCUGGGGAAGUCAGUUGUAAGCUCCUGUUUAGAGGAGCUAAACCCAUUUUUUACAAGAUUUGAAAAAGAGUUUUCACAGCAAAUCGUCUCUCUGUUGAACUCUGACCUGUUGGAUUACUGUCUUUGGGUUGAAUAUCACAUCACCUACAUCAAUAGCUUCAGUUCGCUCAAAGAGAAUUUGCAGAGCUAUAAAGAUAGCUGUUCAGCUCAGGUGGAGAAAGAAGUGGAUGGACUGACUCAGAGACUCAGACAGUGCCUGAUGGAUCAUUUCAAAUCUGAGGUCAAGCCUUACAUGGAUGGCAUGAUGACAAAAAAAUGGCUGAAAUCGGAUGCAGAUUUUAAUGAAGUGGUUUCCAGAAUAGAGACUUAUUCUGGACUCUGUAAAUCCAUGAGAGCUCCAUCAGCCCAAAUGUUCGUGGACGAUGUGCACUAUUACGUAGCCAAAGAAUAUGUCUCCCAGCUGAUGAAGAAAAAAUAUUCGUGCAAAAAAAACAAAAACGAAGAUGCUGCCAUAAAAAUAAAAAAACAGUGGAAUGAACUCAGGAAGCUAUUUGUGGAAAUGGGUUCAUCCUUAAAAUGGCUUUAUCCACUGGGAAAUUACCUUAGUGACAUUAUUGGAAUGGAAAUUGAGAAAAAUAUAAAAGAUCUGUUAAAUCCGUUGGUUACUGAUUACCCAGACAUCAGCAAGAAGCAUUUGCUAGCUGUUCUGUCCUUCAGAGACAAUGGUUUUAGUUUGGAAAAGAACAGUGUUAUUAAUCGCUUUACUGUGCUUAAACGGGACGCCGGGAACACAAGUCAUCAGUACUCCUUCUUCACUGAUAUCGAGUGAGUUUUCUUUUGGCCAUUCUGGUGCUUCAGGAACCAUCAGACACUAUGUGGUGAUUGCAUAUAUUUAAUAUUGUUUAAAAUAGGCUGCAUUUUCAUGUUAGAAUAUGUAGGCGUUAUUAGUGCAUUUGUUGCAUAAUUACUUACAAGUGCUGUCUAAAGUCAUCUGUAAAGGCAAGCAUGUAAGCUAUGUGUGAGUUUAGUGAUAUCUGUUGCAAUAUUCUACUCAAAUGAAAGAGUAAUACAGCUUCCUGAGUUCCUUCAUGAGACAUCUUGUGCUCUUUGCCUCUAACAAUCCAUUAUCUUUGAGUAAUAUAACCAUGAUUAUCAAUUUAACCACUGGUGGUUUGUACUUUUUCUUGCCAGUAGAGGGAGACUUUAAACUAUAGAUGCAAUAUUUGCAUUUCCGAAGACCUGAUGGAUUUAGUCUGUUUAUCUACUGUGAUAUCAAUCAUGUAAAAUGAUGUAUAAAACACUGUCGGGUAAAAAUGAGUGAUAUUGCUGUGCAAUAUUAACUCCACAUUCUCUUCUUGUUUGAUGCAAAUUUUUGACCUUUUUUUUUAGCCUACACCUAAUAUACGCUCCGAUUUUAUCAGUGAAAAAAGACUUGGAGAUUAAAAUCAUUUACACCUGUAACAACAGCGUGUUAUUGAACAGAUAUUUCCUUUCACAUGGUGUUUGUACUGUCCAGUUGUGGGUUUAUUUCUAGACAUUCGGAUGUGAAAUGCCACUUUUUUGUACAUACUGAUGUUCGAUUCGGAUCUGCAAUCUCUUACGGGAUGAACAUAAAUAUUUGUGAAUGACAAUUAAACAUAUUUAUAUCUUUUCACAUGCA